GAUAAAAGUGAACAGUUACAUUAGCCACAAUAUAGUUCAGAUCCAUCUGACCAAAUUAUUUGUUGAAGUGUCAUUGGAUGAUUUUGUUCUUUUAUUGAAUAUGGACGAAACGCUAUACAACACCACGGACGUACCAACCACAACUACAGAUUUUGAUGAAUAUUACAGCGCUUACGAACAACAAAUGACUUUAAUUUACAGAAUUUUCUUAGAACUGUACACAGUGCUCUCUCUGGUGUGCUUAGCUGCCGAUAUCCUCAUAAUUUACGUUAUUACCAAAUACAGACGACUUAGAAAUGAUAAGGCGAAUGUGAUAUUAUUAAAUUGGGCAGUACUUAAUACUUUUUUCAUGAUAACUCAACCGCCGACUCUUAGAAUUUCGUUCUCCUGGACAGAUACUUGGAACAGCACUAUGUUCUGCAUAGCUGAGCAGGCCGAAUAUACAGCUCUUACUGGAAACGUUCUACUGAUUGAGUUGCUGUUUAUUUACUGGUUCCUAAAGGUGUACUAUCCAACAAAAUGCGUCAAAUUCGAGAAACACAUUCGUGUAGCUCUAGGAAUCUUCUAUUUAUUUUUAAUAUUCGCUCUAGCGGUGCAUUUAGAGGGAUGCAUUAACAGAAGAUAUCUAGCUUUAUCGGAAUUAGUUCUGUUACUUUUAUACUUAAUAUUUAUUGUAUUUAUGAUUAUUAUGAAUAUCACUCAUUUUAUUAAAAAACGGAAACUAAUCCAAACUACCGUAAUAUCUAAUAUUCCCCUGAUUUUAUGUAACGUUUUCUUCUUUUCAAUAGUACCGAUGUUGACAGUGAUAAUGAUACAUUUUAUAACUAGAAUAGAACACGUAACUGCCCUUAUUUUAAUUAAUAUUAGUCUAAUUUUGGCUGUGAUGAAUCCAAUUUACUUUUUCGUUGUGUUGUAUAAGUGUGAUAAAAAUUUCAAAACGUUUUUCGGAUAUAUAUUCAGUUGCCAGUGUAGAAAAUAUGGCGAUGAAAUGGUUGAAGAGACUGUCGUUUUUAAUGGAGACGUGCAAAUGUAAAUAUAGAAAUAUAAAUUGUUAAAUUAAAAAUGGCGUUUCAAUAUUUGCGCUUCCAUUUGUUAUCAGACCUGGUGUGUAAGUGUAAUACGGAGUGAUAAU